AUGGCUUGCUUUGGGUUUCGAAAAUAUAGUUUUUUGCUUUUUUACAAAAUGGCUUUGCCCAUACUUGCACCUCCCCAAUUUUCCUUUAACAAAAUGUUUGUUCCAGAAAAUAGGUCUUUAUCUUUAGUAUCAUGGAACUUCAUUAACGCUCGUCAAGUUAAAUGCAAGGCAACAAAUGAAGUUGGAAAUGAUGAUAGUCAAAAUAUUCCUCGUCGAUCUUCAAUUUACCAACCUUCAAUUUGGACUAAUGAUUAUAUCCAAUCAUUAAAUAGUGAAUUCAAGGACGAAAUAUAUGCAAAGAAAUUGAGAGUGCUAAGGGAGGAAGUAAGGAUGAUGUUUAACAAAAUGGAAAAUGAGGUUGACCAACUUGAGUUUAUUGAUGUGUUGCAAAGGCUUGGAGUGGAUUACCAUUAUACCAAUGAAAUAAAAAAUAUACUCGACAAUAUUUACGACACACAAACAUCCAAGUUGAACAAGAAUUUACAUGUCACAGCACUCCACUUUAGACUCUUGAGACAAUAUGGUUAUCAUAUAUCAACAGAUAUUUUUGUUUGCUUUCGAGACGAAAUAUGUAAUUUGAAGAAAGACCAACCAGAUGAUGUUGAAGGAAUGUUGUCCAUGUAUGAAGCCUCAUUUCAUUCAUUUGAAGAUGAAACCAUAUUGGAUGAAGCAAGAGAUUUCACAACAAAGUUUCUCAAAGAAUAUUUGAACAAACAUGGAGAUGAUAAUGUUACGUCACUUCAAAUAAGUCAUGCUUUGGAACUCCAUUGGAGAGUUCCUAGAUGGGGGGCUCGUUGUUUCAUCAAUAUAUACGAAAAACAGCAAAAUAAGAAUAAUGUUUUACUUGAGUUUGCUAAAUUGGAUUUCAACAUUUUACAAACCAUCUACCAAGAAGAACUAAAGUACACAUCAAGAUGGUGGAAAAGAACUGAAAUAUGGGAAAAGUUAAGAUUUGUCAGAGACAGGAUUGUUGAAAACUACGUUUGGACUGUGGGAAUGAGUUUUAAGUCAGAAUUUGAAUAUUUUCGAAAAGUUCUAACAAAGGUCAAUUCCUUAAUUACCACAAUUGAUGAUAUUUAUGAUGUGUAUGGUACCUUGGAAGAACUAGAACUCUUCACAGAAGCAAUUGACAGAUGGAAUUUAAAUGUCGUUGAUACUCUACCAUGCUACAUGAAAAUAUGCUAUUAUGCCCUCCAUCACUUUGUGGAUGAAGUUGAAAUCUUGAACAAGACUGGGUACCCUAUCACUCCAUACUUGAAAAAACAAUGGACAGGUCUAUGUAAAUCAUAUUUGACUGAAGCAAAGUGGUAUCAUAGUGGAUAUACACCAACCUUUGAUGAAUACAUAGAAAAUGCAUGGAUAUCCAUAAGUGGACCUCUUGUACUUAUCCAUGCUUACUUUGUUAUUCCACAUUCAUUCAAGCAAGAAGAUUUGGUUUGUUUAGAAGAAAACAACAACAUAAUUCGAUAUUCAGCAAUGAUUUCCCGUCUUGCCAAUGACCUCGGAACAAGUGAACGUGAAAUUGAGACAGGUGAUAUCCCAAAAUCAAUUCAAUGUUAUAUGAAAGAAACUGGAGCUUCUGAAAUAGAGGCUCGUGAGCAUGUAAAGUCUAUGAUAUAUACAAUUUGGAAGAAGUUGAAUAAAGAAUCUUAUAGUUCAUCUUUCUCUCAAAGUUUCAUAGAUAUUUCAGUAAAUCUUAGUAGAAUGGCAUUAUUCUUUUACCAACAUGGAGAUGGCUAUACUAUUCAAGAUCCAGAAAUUCAGAAUCGUAUACAAUCAUUAAUUUGGAAUCCCAUUCCUAUGGAUGGUUAA